CUUUGCGUUUCUUCUUCCGGACUCCGAUGUAGGGAUGGAGUGAUGGAAGCACUAUCCGCCUAGCCCGUCUCCUCGCGCCUACGUCGUCUCAAGAGGUCGGCCGUUCUCAAAGGGCCUUUGUUUUUCAUUUACAGGAUUUGGACGAAAGGAAGAAGAAGAAACCUAGAAAUGGAUGCAAAAUCAUUGGCGAAAUCGAAAAGAGCUCAUUCGUUACAUCAUAGUAAGAAGCAUCAGCAACAUCAUUCGUCCAAGGGUGCCCCUUCUGUCCCUGGUGCGCCUACUGGUGAUAAGAAACAAAGUGGAAAACAAGUUAAGGAAAAACCUGUACAGGUACAUGGUUCUAGGGGACUUCCUUCAAAUUGGGAUCGUUAUGUCGAAGAAGGAGAAGAAGAGUAUGGGUUUGAUUCUGAGAAUAUGGUCCCUCAAGAUAGUGUGUCUAAGGUUGCUACGGAUGUUGUUGCGCCGAAAAGUAAGGGGGCAGACUAUGCUUACUUGAUUUCUGAGGCCAAGGCUCAGUCUCUGUAUUCUUCACAGAGUGUUCCCCUGUUCAAUGAUGUUCUACAUGAUUUCUAUCAGGGGCAUGGUCCAUUGCUUUCUGUUAAAGGGCAAAGCAUAGCAUCAUGGAUCAGUGAUGACAAUUUUGGGUCAGAAGAUAAAGGGCCUCCUCCAGAUGAGGCAUCUUUUCUCUCUCUCAAUUUGCACACUCUUGCAGAACAACUUGCAAAAGCAACUCUAUCAGAAAGGCUUUUCAUUGAACCUGAUUUACUACCUCCAGAACUGUGCACAGAGGAAUUGCAAAAGCUUAGUGAGAACGAACAGGCUAAAAAUAAGGCUGGAGUGGCUGAGGAAGUUUUUGAUUCAUUAGCUCAUGGCAAUCAGUUUGUUAGAAGUCCAUCUAAUACAGCUGGCACCAGCACCAGCAGCAGUACUAGUACGAGGGAUGAGAUAUUGCAAGCAAAAGGAAUAGGACAAACUGAUUUGCCGAGGUACACUCCCGAAAUCAAUGUGAACACUGCUGCUAAGAAACCAGCACAAUUCGAGGUAGCCAAUGCAGAGGCAGAGCUUGACAUGCUUCUCGGCUCAUUUGCUGAAACAAAGUUUCUCGAGUCCAACAGAGUAACAGAGGAAUCAUGGGAUAAUUCUUUUUUGACACAAAAUGAUGUUUCAUCCUCAUUUUCAGAAAGGGGUUCAUUGAGUCAAAAGGUUCCUUCUAGAUCAGAUGUAACAGACCCAGACCCAGGGUUGGGUGGAAGUGUGGCGAGGGAUAUGAAGCUUGACGAUAUUGUUGAUGAUCUACUCAGAGAAACAUCCAUUCUGACAAACAAAAACGAGGGAUCACUGGCUGAUGAGACAAGAUCUGCUUUUCGCAAUACCCCCUCUUCCUCAAACCCUGUCACCAAGUCUAAACUUACUGAUGACUUUGAUUCAUGGUUUGACACAAUAUAACCGAUCUUCAGCUUCUCUUGUACAAGGCCAGCUGUUUGAAUCCAAAAAGGCGAAAAGCAGGAUUGCUAAGUGGUAAGAAUGCCAUGAUGGUGAAAAUAUUUUUGGAAAUGGGAUGUUAAUUUCUUAAUUCCUACUUUUCUGCUUGUGAAAAGCUACAAUAUUAUGGCAGGAAUGAUUCCAUAACUAUUUCUAAAUUUCUAGCUUUAUGCCUUCUAGAAUGUGAGGCUGCCAAAACCAUUUUGAAGUGGUAGAAUGAGUCAACUAAAUCUGCGAUGCCAUGGUAUUUGUAUGUAACACAAAAAUGCUUAGUUAGACGUUAGGACAAAGCCAUGGAAGUUUUCUGUACGAAAAGGACACAAAUUCUAAGUUAUCAUGCGUAUGAAUAGCUGGGGUUGAUUUUGUUACACAAUCACACCCAACUUAUUUUCUUUUCUUCUA